AUGGCGGAGCUUCGAGUUCGGGACCUCGACGACUCUGCCACGAGGGAGGAAAUCGCGGCUGCGGUCUGCGACGUGGGAAAGUGCGCCGAGGGAGAGGUGCGAGUCGGGGCGGUCAGAGGGGCUUACGACGGCCUGAGUAUCGCCUGGAUCCGCUGCCCGGUGGCCGCGGCCAAUAAGAUCGCCGCGGUGGGCCGGGUUACGGUCGGCUGGGCGCUGUGUUGUGUGCAGCUGCUCGCCGCGCGGCCCCUCCAGUGCUAUAAAUGGGGAGCGAGGGCGCGUGGGAUCGCGCUGUCCCAACCGGGACGUCGACUGUACCGGAUUGUGCUACCGGUGCGGUCGACCGGGACAUAG